ACAAUGCUAUUUAUUGUAGGUCAUAAAGCGUGCUCAGAAAGAUGAUUCAACCCUUACCAGAAAGGUCUUUGAAGAUAUGAAAUUCAAAUUAACUGAAGAAAUACAAAAUGCUUUCAAUAAAUUCCGUGGCUACAUUCUUGUAACAAAACAAAAGGAUACACAUUUGAAGGAGCACUAUGCUAAAAUGUCUGCUGAUGCUGCAUUAAAGGAGAUAUUUGAACGGCUGUGUUUGUUACUUCAAAUUGAUGAACCUAAAACUAUAGCAGAACAGAAACAAAAAAGAAAAUUUAUAGAGAUUUCUAAUAGUUUCUUUCAACAAAUAAGUAAUCAUGAUUUAGCUAGGACUGUGUUUCAUGUUGCUAUUUGUGUCAGUAGUACUGAACUGCAAGCAACUGCUCUGGAAUUCCUGGAUCGAAGUCCUCAGCCUGCACCCAAUGACACUAAUAGAAAUGAACGUCCUCCUCCUUCAAAAGAACAAGUCCUUCAGUCUUUGAAAAAAUAUCUGGAAAAAUACAUAUCUUCCGGGACUUUAAACUUGAAUCACUUCAACAAAAUUGAAGAACGGUUAUUGGAAGAUUUUAGCAUGACAACCUUUUCCCAUAUGGGUUAUGGACGAUUCCUCUCAUUCCUCCAGAAUAAUACAUCAAUAAAAAAAAUUUUAGAUGAAACUGGCCUUACAAUGUCUGGAACAUCUGAGAGCAACAAGUGUGGAAUUGGUGUAUAUAAACCUUCACCAGCAGAUGUUUGCAACUUUGUAAUUCAAUGUAAAGAUGCCUGCACAACAAUCCAAAAUAAUUUAAUUGAAAAUGCUCUCUGCCAUCAUUAUACUGUGAAGAAUUUAAAAAGCAUUGGUCAUGGUACUGUCCAGCAUAUAGUUGAUUUAGCCAGUAAAAGACCGUAUCCAGCCUCACAUGUCUUUUAUGAAGCUGCUCUCUGUUCUCAGGAAAGAUCAAUGAAUUGCACCCUUGGCAAGGUUGGAAUAUUAGGCUACCAAAACCAAGAAACUGUUCUUGCAACAUUGCACAAUUGCCCCUUACUAGAGGACAUAUCUGCUUGGUCUCAUUGGCCUUUGGUAUUUGAACCACAAUUUGGAAAGCUGCUUGAUUUUGUGCACAAGAAUGGUGGAGAAAAAUAUAUACAACUUGAAGGUGGCAGAAAGUCAGUACGCACUGAUUUUAUGAUCCUUGAGACUGAACCUGGAAAAUAUUUAAAAAUCAUCAGUGAAACUUCUGUGGAAAAGUUCUCUGCUGCAUGUUCUACAAGUGAUGUGAUCAACAUUUGUGGUCAUCUGGUUUCCCUCAUUGUUCACAAUAAAGGUCUGGCUAUGACACCAUUUGCCUACCUCUCUAUUAUCUUACAGGCACAUCUUUUCACAUUGAAUAAUGAUACUAACAGCAAGCAAGAUGAUGAAAAAUAUAUGGGUAACCCAGCCAAAUUUGUGCUGGACUGCUUACUAUGUUUACCCAUUCAGAUUUGUGUGUCUGUUGCAAAUAAGAUGUUCCUAGAGCCACUUGGGAAAGUUCUUGGCUUAACAGAAUCUAAGCUUGUUCUCUGGAAGAACUGCCAAAAUAUACAGGAAACCAACCGUCUUGAGACUUUGGGAUGUUUACUUGGCAUUGCUGAGUGGAUUGGCACUUUAAAUAAAGUGAAAGGUUCUUUCAUAACAUCUGAAAUUGAAACUAUAGCUGAAAUGGAAGAUGAUCAGCAAACAGACAAGGAAUCUGAGGAGGAGCUCAUAGAAUCAGAUACUGAAGACAGUAUAAAAUCUUCAGAUGAGGAUGAUAUUAUAACAAUGCCGAAUAUGGUUCUAGAAACACAGAAUACAGAAGAACUGGAUGAUGUCCUGCCUGAAAUUAUGUUAAACAAAAAUUCUGAUGUUAUUAUAAUUGAUGAAGAAAAUGAAGAUGCUGAUACAAAGGAUGCUAAUAAGCAUGAUGAGACUUUACCUGAGGAAGAAAAGGAAGACAUCUGCUCAGAGAAGACUUUGAUUGAAACAAUACGUCGAGAAGAAUUUGGUCUUGGCAUUAAACUUAAUGCUGAUGGUCAGAAAUUGAUUGAUCGGCAACAAGAACGACUGGGACGUAGUUUGGAUCGAUUAUCUAAAGAUUUGUAUAGUAAAGAUUCUCAUUUUGUGUUGGAGUUGAUCCAAAAUGCUGAUGACAACACCUACCCAGAUAACUUUGAUUCUAAGGAUUCGUCAGCCUGUCCAUCAGUGAAAUUCUGUAUAAAUGAUAGUUCAGUGACUAUUCUCAACAAUGAGGUUGGUUUUAAGGAAAAAAAUAUUCGAGCCAUUUGUGAUGUUGGCAAGAGUACCAAGGAAAAACGCAAAUUUGGUUAUAUUGGUCAAAAGGGAAUUGGAUUCAAGUCUGUAUUUAGAAUAACAGAUCGUCCUGAAAUCCACUCCAACAAGUAUCGCAUUUAUUUUGACGUGAACAGUGGUCCAACAGGCUACAUCCUCCCUCACUGGAUUGAUAGCUGCUCUCAUCCAGAAGAUAAUUGGGUUACAAAGAUUAUUCUACCCUUAAAGGAUGGUGUACAACAGUCCAAAUGUCUUGCUGCUAGUUUCAAUGACAUUCACCCAUCUUUGCUACUCUUUUUACAUCGACUUAAAAAGAUCACUUUAAGGAAUGAGAUUCAAGGUACAGAGACAGUUAUGCAACGUUAUGAUCGAGAACAUGAUAUUGUUGAAAUAACUUACAAUGGAGCUGUUGAUCGUUGGUUUGUUAUUAAAAAACUGCUGGAUGCUACCAAAGUUUCAGCGCAGGUGAAAUCGGAUAUUGAUGUGGAAUCAACAGAGAUUGCCUUAGCUUUCCCAAUGAAGUUAAACAAGUCCUUCAAUGCUCAGGUACUCCCAGAAAAACAACCUGUUUUUGCCUUUCUACCUCUGCGUUCUUAUGGUUUGCGCUUCAUUAUUCAAGGUGAUUUUGACUUGCCAUCCAAUAGAGAAUCUGUUGAUUCUGACAGUUUGUGGAACCAGUGGCUCAGUAGUGAGAUACCAUCACUAUUUUUAGAUGCUCUGGAAAAAUUCAAGGCUCAUCCACACUUCACUUCACCUGUGAUGGCAGUUGCUUCUUAUUUACAAUUUGUACCAGAGGAGGAUGAAGUGCUUGACUUCUUUAAACCAAUUGCAACACAUAUUCAGAAAAAACUGAAAAGUAAACCAUGCAUUCCUUGUCAACCAUUAACAGAAGGUGGUAACAUUCAAUGGAAAAUUCCUUCUCAGACACUACUUGGUCAAGACUCACUGACAAUGAAAGUGGCUCCUCCACAAAAACUUCAAGAGAUUUUAAACCUAUGUUAUUUGCAUCCAGAUCUUGCUAACAUACUUAAUAUAAGUACUACUAACAGUCUGGGUAUUGAGAAAAUAAAAACAGCCCACCUGUUGAAGAUUGGAGAAGGUUUAGCCAGUGACUUUUAUCACAGCACAACAGUCAAUAGUGAGCAGAUUGCACGAAUUGCUCAGUGGCUUGCCUGUGUCUAUCGCAGCUUGGAUGAAAUGGGUAACAAUGAAGACAUCUUUACAAAACUCUCAGAGAUCCGGAUAAUUCCUCUGAGUUCUUCCACUUUAACAACCCUCAGAAGUGAAACAGUUUUCCUUCCAAUGGAUUCCUACAAACAUCCUGUACAGAAACGGAGUGAUAAAUUCUUGCCUCUCUGGAAUGACUUAAGAACUGUUCACUCAGAACUGUUCUGCACUGAUGACGCUGAAAUCAACAUACAAGUGCAUAAGCUCAUCCUUCAGAUGGGUGUGCAACCUUUACACUCUGACAAUAUUAUCAAUCAUCAUAUUUUGCCAAUUUUGCAGUCUGAAGAUUGGAAGUUGAAGAGUGAAUCAGUUUUGGUGAACUAUGUAAUGUUCAUGAAAUACCAGUAUGACAGAAAUCCAAAUUCCUUUGUCUUUUCUGGCUUGUCUUCUAUUGUUCCCCUGAAGACAAACAAAGGUAUGCUCUGUCCAGAUCAAGUUGCCAUUCAUUUUACUCCAUCUUAUGGCAAUAAGAUCAACUUAAGUAAAGAACUACCAGGUUAUGAUUGGGUCCUUCUUACUGAUAUUUACUUGCAAGGAGCCACUCAGAGUUCUGAAAAACUAUCCUGGCAUGAAUUUUUCUGCAAACUGAAGGUCACUGACUUGCUCAACAUCACAGAGACCACAAUAAAGAUCAAUCAGGACAAUAAAGAUCAGUUGCCAUGGAAACCAUUAUAUGAAACUUGGCCAGCCUAUUCUGGGGAUUAUGUGAUUGUUGAUCUAGCAUGCCAGGAAUUUGAAUCCUUAGUAAAUCAGAAUAGAAAUGUGGAAACAUUCUCCAAACAGAUGGAUGUUCUCUGCCAGAUAAUUGAUGGGCUUUGGGAUGCAGAAUAUUCUAAAUAUACCACAACAACUGUCAAGUCAAAUGAUGACCAUAUCCUCAAAGAAAUACCUACCUCUUUUGCUAUAAAUUUACAAACAUUACCUUGGUUACCAGCAGAAGAAUUAAAACUUGAAAACAAUAAUGGCACUGUAAAAGUUAGCAAGAGAUUUUCUGAGCAGGUGUCUAACAGCUUGUAUCUGAACUCAGAUAAUCUAAAGCACUUGCUUGGUCAUACUGCUUCUUAUUCAAGGAUUAAAUUAUUUAGUGCCUCUUUCUGUAAAUUUCUCAGUAUUAAGACUAGUACCAAUCCCCAACACAUCAGCAGUCUUCUUAUCAAGUGGGGAGAACGUUCCAAUGACUCUGACAAAGUUGAAUUCUGUGGAUCACUGAAACAUAUGAAAUCUAUUUACACUUAUUUGUCAAAACACCUCACCAAUGAUGAAGUGAAGAAUAUUUUCCUACAUAAACCUGUGAUCUUUGUACCCAGUAGUAAUAGCAACUUAAAAUGUGACUAUGUGGUGGGCCAAAUGUACAAAAGAGAAGAAAUCUGGUGGAAUGAUAGCACAGGAUUAAUUGAGAAACACAAGGACUUGCUUAAAACAUACAAGAAAAACUGUAGCCUGAAGAGUGGGAUUCAAAAUUUCUACCAGGACUUAGAAGAGUUUUUCUUUGAUACAGUUCGGAUAUCUAGAUUCCCCCAUCUGCAAGAUUAUGGGGAGCUUAUUCAAGUUUUAUCAUACUUGGAUGAAGAUGGUUUGCAAAACAUGAUGGAACUAUUUUUUUUGAUAGGAGAGAAAAUACAAUUAUGUAAUAUGUCAAAGAAACCAGAACUCUUGGAAAUUAUAGAACAGCAGAAAAGAAAACUUUUUGAAAUACUCCAAGGUGAGAAUAUAUUUCCAACUGAGAAAAAUAAACUGGUCAGUUUACAAGAUUUUCCAGUUAUUGCAGACAACAAGGUGUAUGAGAAAAUGUUUAAGGAUAAACUCAACUUCAUUGAUUUGGAAUAUGAAACUGUCAACAAGAAAAAAAGAAAAAUUACUGAUGAGAAGAGAAAAUAUAUCCAACACUUUUAUGAUUUGUUUAAGAUUGGUUUUCUGAGCAAUUGCAUUAAAGAGGACAUCAAAACAGAAUUGUUCAAACCUUGCUAUGAGCUGCAAAAUUACAUGCAUCAAAUUAUUUAUCCCAUCCAAUGUUACCUUUACAAUUCUUUCCCAGAAAUCUAUGAGAAAUGGAAACAGUUGAGUUUUCAUGACACAAUUGGCCACUGGAAAUUUUCUCGGGUGCAAGAACUUGAAGUGUGGUAUACUUUCAUACCCAAUCCAAAUAUUUAUGUCCUUCAAAAUGAAACCUGCAUCAUAAAUGACAAUAUGUUUUAUGUUCAAGAAAAUUAUUUAAAUUUCAAGAAUUUAAACUCUCAUAUAGCUAGAUAUUUCAGCAGCAAUGACCACCUUUGCUAUUUAAGUUUGAAGGAAUUUCUCAGUAACAUUGGUGACAUGUUAGAUUCACCUCCAGAACUUGAAUCCUUUUUAUCAAAUAUGCCUGGCAUUCCUAGUGAUGAAAUGCAAUGGGUAAUUCCAGCACCACCACCUUGGGCUCUUCAACCUGUUAGCCUUGCUGAACCUGUUGAUCCUGUUGUUCAACCUGUUAACACAAUGGAUGAAUGUCAAGCUUCAGUCAAAGGAAAUAUGGAACCAGAUCACAAGGUCAACACAUCUAGUGCCAUGGUUUCUUGGCCACCAGCAUCUUCUGCAGUGAUGAAAGAAAAAUUGGAACCUAAAAAAAGUGGUGGUCAUGGUGGAGCAUGUAGCUGGCCUCUGCCUGAGGCUCCUGGUUAUUAUAAAUCUGGACAGUCGACCAAAUUCAAGAUUUCGGCACAUGCUGAUGAACAACUGGAUAAGACUGAAAAGCCUCAGCAACAAACAGAGGAAUUUGUACAACAAACUAAGAAAUCUGGGAAAUAUGUAUCAUCAGGACAAGAAAAGAACAUUGCUCUUCAUGCCUCAACUGAUGAACAGAGAGUUCAAUUUGAGAAGUCUAACCAAUCAGCUGUCAAAGCUACUGCAGCAGUCGAUAAGGAUGCUCCCUCAACACAAGGACAGAAUAUGGAAUUGAAUAGGAGAUCUGAAAAACAUAUGAGCAGCAGUUUAUUGGAAAACUCUCAAACUAAUAAUUCUGAAACAGUAAACCAAAAGACUUCACUUAGGCGAAAACGAUCUAAUGAAGACCUUGAGGGGCCAAAGGCUAAAAGAUACCCACAGCCUAAUUUUGAUUUCCCAGUUUGGUUAGAAGGCUGUAAAGAUCUUGAAUACAAGGAACUAGCAAGAGGGAAUGAAUUGAACAUACCAGAACAGUACAAUAUUGAUCCUGAUUCAACAGACUGCAAUGUCAUGACAGCACGUUGGGGUGAACAUCUGGUGUUUAAUUAUUUAUUGCAACAGAAAAGCCGAGCUGAGAGUUUUAUCUACAGUAUCAGUUGGAUGAAUGAGCUACAAGAAACGGGACAACCAUAUGACAUAAAAGUUGUACUGAAAAAGACAGAUGAAAAUGGAAGCCAACAUUUCCAUGAGGAAUAUAUUGAAGUGAAAAGUACUCUUUCAGAAAAGAAAUCAAUUUUUGAAAUAUCUAACAAAGAAUUAGAAUUUGCUAAUCAAAAACUGGCCAAUUAUCAUCUGUACAGAGUGUUCAAUGCUGGCAAUAGCAACAAUGUCCGGCUACUUAAGAUUGAGAAUCUUGCUUUGUACAUUAAGCAGAAAAAAAUUCAUCUCUGUCUCAUUAUUUAAAACCAUAGAGUUUCUUAUAUCGACAGGAAAAUUAACUGCAACAUCCGUCAGUCUCAUAAACUCAUACAAACACAUAUGGUCAUGUACACAUAUAUGCAGAAGCAAAUUAACACAGUUUAAAUACAUAAAACCUUCACCAGAACUUUUACAUGUUGCUUUCAAUUCAAACACAAGGAUAUAAAACCAUAAAAUCCCUUCAUGUGUCUAACAUUUUUAUAUAAGAUAUCUGAAUAAUUUUUAUACAAGGUUUUUUGGUGUUUUAAAUUUUUUAAUUUUCUCAGUGUUA